CCUACUGUCAUUUACACACAGGGAAAUGGAGCUCCAUGGAUCACUCUGCAUGUGCCAAUGGUGCUUUAGCAUAUCUGCAGCGGAAAGUGACUGGCAUUUGGGAUAUGUCCGAGCUGUCGCAUGUUCAUCCUUGAAGAAUAUUGAUCACAUUCACCGAAAGAAGGCAUCACAGAAUCCAAUAAUUGGAGCCCUUUGUACAAGCAAGCGGAUACAGUUGGGAAUAAAGCUGCCGCAGGUGGAAGAUUAUAAUAAGCAUGAUAGGGGGAAAGAAGGGACCAGGACUGUUACGUGAUGAGAUGCAAAGAUUGCAGCCACAAGACAUCAUAAAGUCAAGGAAGGGAAAGGGAUGGGGGAAUAAGAUGAGAAGCGAAGGCCACCGAGGGCCCGAAGUGGAAAGGCUUCGUGGUGUUGACGUCGGUCUCUUUCUUAUCUCUAAAGAACCCCCUAAACAUAAAUAUCACUGGUGGCGCACCCGGACGCGGGGCCCAAGAAGGCCCGAGAGACAUCAUCGUGGGCCCUGGAGUGAGACUUUGGUGCCGGAAGUCAGAAGAAAAUUUGGAGCGCCAGGUCCUGUCCCCCAUGGCGCGGCACCCACCUCGGAAGCUUGAGCUGAUUGGAUCAACCAUUGUGGGUCCCAAGGAAUAACCAGGUUCUUCAGCGUGGAGCUUCGGAGGACCUUCGGGUCGUCCGCGUGCACUCGGCAGCGGUACGCGCGGUGUCUACGUGGAGACGCGUCAACGCUGUGCCACCGAUACGUUGCGGUGACGCGGCGCGGGUUUAAAUGACUAAUUUGCCCCCGAAUCACUGCGAGAAAUCGCCGAACCACGCUAUUGCCCAAGGAUGAUACGUGUCGCUCUCGGAUUCCCAGACCACAGGAGCCACAUUUCCCUGUCCCCACAACAUGCUUUUAAGCGGUCGAGGGCAUGGCGAGAGGGUGGUGGAGCGCAGCAGCGACUGGUAGUAGCAGCGGCAGCGGCGAGGAGGAGUUGGCAAAGCGAUCGAGUUUUCGGAUCCGUCCAACAUAUUCGAAUCCAAGGGAACAACAGCAAGUCGACGGCGAGGACGGUAAUGGCGUCGCCGAGCUCCUGCUUCCACGUCCUCCUCCUCCUCCUCCUCUUCUCAGGUCAAGUCAUCCGAGUAGUUCUGAGCAUGGCGGUGGGCAUCAACUACGGGCAGAUCGCGAACGACCUGCCGUCCCCCGGUCGAGUCGCGAGCCUCCUCCACUCCCUCAACAUCAGCCGAGUGAAACUGUACGACGCGGACCAGAACGUGCUCAGCGCCUUCCUCAACACCGACGUCGAGUUCGUGAUCGGGAUCGGCAACGAGAACGUGUCGGCGAUGACGGACCCCGCGGCCGCCCUGGGAUGGCUGGAGCAGCACGUCUUGCCCUACCUCCCCUACACCAAGAUCACCUGCAUCGCCGUUGGCAACGAGGUGUUCAAAGGCAACGACACCACUCUGAUGGCCGACCUCCUCCCGGCCAUGGAAUCGGUUCACCAGGGACUGGUCUCGCUCAGCCUGGAGACGAAGGUGAACGUCACCAGCGCCCACUCAUUGGACAUGUUGGGGAACUCCUACCCUCCCUCCGCCGGCUCCUUCCGCCAGGAUCUCGCCGUCUUCAUCCAGCCCAUCCUUAACUUCCACUCCGUCACCAAGUCGCCCUUUCUCAUCAACGCCUACCCUUACUUCGCCUACAAGGCGAACCCUAAUGCAGUCUCGCUGGACUACGUCCUCUUCGAGCCGAACUCGGGAGUCGUGGAUCCCAACACCAAUCUGAACUAUGACAACAUGCUGUACGCUCAGAUCGACGCGGUUUACUCUGCCAUCAGGACGUGGGGGCACGCCGACAUCGAGGUCAGGAUUUCUGAGACGGGGUGGCCAUCGAGGGGUGACAGUGAUGAGGUGGGAGCGACACCGGAGAAUGCUGCAAGAUAUAAUGGUAAUCUGCUGCAGAGGAUACGGAUGAGCGAGGGCACUCCUCUGAAGCCGACGGUGCCGGUGGAUAUAUAUGUGUUUGCCCUGUUCAAUGAGGAUUUGAAGCCUGGGCCGACCUCGGAGAGGAACUAUGGGUUGUUUUAUCCUGAUGGCACUCCUGUUUAUAAUGUUGGUCUGCAUGGGUAUCUUCCACCCAUGUCGGCGUCGUCGUCGUCGUCUUUGAGGUCGGCGGUGAGUGAUCCGUGUCCUCUGAUUCCAUGUAAGAUCAUGACUUUUGAUGUAAGCAUUCCUCUCCUGCAGAUGAUGAUGCCUGGUUUGAGAGCUUUCGUGUUCGUGGUGGCAGCUUUGACCUUGGCCUGGAAGUAGCUGCUUCUGUAAGCGGCGGGCCGAAGUGGAUGGGGCGGUAAUGGCCGAGGAGAUUGCCACCCGGGGGGAGCUGAUGGUUUCAGGUUUGGCAGAUCCUUUGUGCAGGUUCGGUGGGUCCGGGAUGGAAGAAAACACCACCAAACAUUCUUUGUUGGCAAUAAAAAAGAGAGAACAUCACGUAAAAUUAGCUGCCCAUUUGAUCUGUAAGAAAAGAACAUUUAGCGAAAAGUUGUGUAAGAAUACUAACCUGUGAUCAAACUGAUUGAUGAUUGUUUACUUGUAUGGUGCCUGUGGUCAAAGUAACCAAAUUCCUGUUAGUUUCUUCAUUCAUAAGAAUGCAGAGAUCGACAUGGACGGCGGCGAAGAAAACAUUACAUGAGUA